AACGUAAACAAACGUGACGUCAUAUUCACGCGUCCACACAGAUUGUAAAGAUGGCUGAAAUUGAAUCUCAAAAGGCCAUCAAAUUGGUUCCAGAGUAUCUGCUGAAAAAGAGGAAGGCAUAUCAGGCUGUCAAAGCAACACAAGCCAAACUCGCUCUGCUUGAAAAAAGAAAGUUUUCAAAAGGCAAACCCCUGAAAUUUAAGCGUUUGGAAAACUUUUUAAAAGACAGCCACAAGAAACAUCGUGAUGAAAGUCGUCUUCGCAGAACUGAGCUCAGGACCGCUACGGUUCUUCCACCUGCAACAAACAGGCUUGCAUUUGUUGUAAGAAUAAGAGAGAUUAAAGGAGUGAGUGCCAAGGUUAUGAAAGUAAUUCAGAUGUUGAGAUUAAGGAAGAUCUUCAGUGGGACCUUCGUUAAAAUCAGCAAAACUUCAGCAGCCAUGUUGAAGGUGGUUGAGCCAUAUGUAGCAUGGGGAUACCCCAACUUAAAGUCUGUCCGUGAGCUUAUUCUGAAAAGGGGACAGGCAAGGAUCGGCCGCAAAAGGAUUCCCUUGACAGACAACGCCUUCAUCGAGCAGCAUAUGGGUCAUCAUGGGAUCAUCUGUUUAGAGGACCUCAUUCAUGAGAUCUACUCUGUUGGAAAAGGUUUUCGUGCUGCCAACAACUUCCUGCAGCCUUUCAAAUUGUCCGUGGCGAGGCAUGCGGCAAGGGACAAGGCAGGGCUCCUCAAAGACCUUGGAGCACCUGGAUUUCGCGGUGUGGACAUUAACAGCAUCAUCAGGCAGCUAAACUAAAGGCCUUAGCAAACUGGACAGUUUAUUUGUUCAGUUUUAUUAAAAGACAUUUUGACUUAUCCAGCUUCUCCCCAGUUCUGGAUGUGUAAAAUAAUUGUACAAUUUGUCUGUAGAAUUUUUCCAUCGUGAGUGUGGGAUGCAUAUGAUUUGAAAUGAUACAGUGACAGAUUGUGAUUGUUGUUAUGACAGUUUUUCCAAGGGAACAUAUUUCUGAACUGAUUUUUUCAAAACUUCCAAUCCAUUUCUCAAUAGUUAUUACAAACAGCAAAAAUGUAUCAAUGUAUCAGAUGUCAAGCUGGUGUUUUGUUCCAAUGUGCAUCUAGCAGGACUAUCAAAGGAUAAAAGUAUGGAACAUCUGUAUGACAAUUCCUUUAAUAUUAGUAGCCAUGGUUCUAUACAAUAAAGUAAUGCCUAAAAUGACUGACAAAAGCGACUGUGUGAAAACAAAUACACAAAUCAUUCACUGUGGUAUGCCUUCAAUUACCGGUAUAUAAUAAAUUUGGUUAAACUUGGUUUUCC